AUGACUGCACAUUUGGUUCUGGGAAUUAAGACUGUUCUCAAAUUAAGACUGUUUUCAGGUCAGCAACGUGAAUGUAUAAAUUCAAAACUUGUUCACAUUCAACAGCAGAUAAGUGACUUGGCUUUCGAUAACUAUAGAACAUAUGCAGAUGCGGGUAGUACAACUGAAUAUUGCCGUAAAAAGUUCGGUGAAGCAACGGGUGAAGUAGAUAAGAUCGAUUCAGAAAUCGAUAAAUUGCGAGGAUGCUUCAAAGAGUUCUCGAAACGAAGUGACGAAAUUUCCGAGGAAAUCGGCUAUUUGAAAUCCGCUGAAUCCAAAAGUUCACCAUUAUGGGAUAUCCUCGGCUUGCGCUCGUUGAUGGAUGUUUGUAUUCGUGCUGGAUAUUACGAGAUUGCCUAUUCGCUAACAAAUUAUGGUAUCCAGUUGCAGCAACAUGGUCUGACAGCAAAUACGGCUAUCAAAGCUGUCGCUGAUAAGUUGAUCGAUGCUCGGCACUAUUUACUGGAUGAGUUGUUCAAUCGCUUUGCGGGUCCAAUUGAUUUGGCUAGUAGUAUUCAGGUGGUGAACAGUAUCCGCAAAAUACCCUACCUUUCAGCCACCCAAUUACGUGUUUCCAUUUUACAAUAUCGAGAUUUGUAUUUGGAGAAACAGCUGAUCGACAUAAGGUCUCAACCGGAUUUCUUACUGCGUAUGGUCGAGGUAUAUCGUGAUUGUAUGUACGAUACAAUGGUCUUGUAUCUGGCUGUAUUUCCAGAAGGUGAAAUCAUCAAACGUGAUCCGUCAAUUGAUCCAAGAUGGGACGUUUGGCAACAUUGUGGCCCAUCGGCAAUUCUUUCUGAAUGGGCCAUUCAUAACGUUGACGCGAUGUUCGACCACAUAAGAAAAGUCGAACACAAAAGUGGUGUGGAUGUUGGUGUAUUGACGAGUAAGUUGAUGAGUUUCGCGAUGUCUUUUGGACGUAUGGGACUAGACUUUAGACCGUUGAUCACGAAUGUUAUGAACGAUUUUGUGCUGAGUCGAUUCAAAGCAAGAACUGCAAAUGCUGCUUCCAGUUUCUGUCAACUGGAGUCCAUUCUAAUAGAAGGUGACCUACCGGAAAUGGUGAUGACAGCGGCGAUUUCGAACACUUCGCCAUCUGACGGCCAUUCAGCUGAACAACCAACUCCUCCAGCGCAGUUGUCAAUGUGGGAUGAUCUGUGUGUUUACGGAAACGAAAUUUUGGACGCGUUCAAUGAACUACGAGAUGGUCUUUCACCUAUGCAUAUAGCGGGCGUUUUGGAAGCCCUUAGCGACUCACUGAGAGCUCUUUUCACAUGGCUGGACCUUUAUGCACUGAAACAAGAUCAUCAAAAACAGUUCGUGAAAGCACUCAAACUGCUCGCCCGCUAUUUCAUCCCUUAUUUGAAUGCAUGUCUGCUGGUUUUGUUUCCCUAUGAGAAAUGUUGUCGUUUAUUCUAUCACACAACAUUCAGUCUGGAACGAUACGAGAGUCGUUUGCGACUGAAGAUUAGUGAUUUGUAUUCGCAUUGUACUAACGCGGCUGAAAUGGAUGAAAUUGUGAAGCCAUUCGAACAGAGUGAAAAAUCAGUUCCACUGAUGUUGAAUGAUGAGAAGCAAGGCGAUGAAACUAUU